UCUUUGUAGGAUUUGACAGGAGCUUUGACCUGUGUCGAUGAGGACCGCAAGCCCGGGGCUGAACCACCACAAGUAGACCCUCACAAUGACAGCAAGAGCAUAGAAGUGAGCUUGUUAACCACAGGCGGAGGGCUUUCAUCUUAUCAGGCAGCCGGACAAUUAAUUCAACCUAAAAGGGGAAAAAAAUGCCUCAUUUCAACGCGCUCCCCGGACCGUUUGAAAUCCAACGGAACUAAUGGGACACACGGGCUUAAAAUAAAUCCUUUUUGGUGAAUGACACUGUAUCAGAGAGCCUGCGUGAUACAGACGGACAGAGAGACACACACGGAAGUGCGGACAUGGCUGACAGAACUGCUCCCAACUGCCACCUGAGACUGGAGUGGGUGUACGGAUACCGGGGACAUCAGUGCCGCAACAACCUGUACUACACCGCCGCCAAGGAAAUAGUCUAUUUUGUCGCCGGGGUGGGAGUUGUGUACAACACCCGGGAGCACAAGCAGAAAUUUUACUUGGGGCACAACGAUGACAUAAUCAGUCUAGCACUGCAUCCGGAGCGUGUGUUGGUGGCCACAGGACAGGUGGGCAAGGAGCCUUACAUCUGCGUAUGGGACUCCUACACUGUGCAGACUGUGUCCAUCCUCAAGGAUGUGCACACACACGGCAUCGCCUGCCUUGCCUUCGACCUUGAGGGACAGUGUUUGGUGUCCGUGGGCUUGGACUCAAAAAACACAAUCUGCGUGUGGGACUGGAGGAGAGGGAAGGUUCUGGCAGCUGCUCCCGGUCAUACAGACAGGAUAUUUGACAUAUCGUGGGAUUUGUACCAGCCGAGCAAGCUUGUAAGCUGUGGUGUCAAACAUAUCAAGUUUUGGAGCUUAUGCGGUAAUGCUCUCACGCCCAAACGUGGUGUUUUUGGCAAAACGGGGGAUCUCCAAACCAUCCUCUGUCUCGCCUGCGCCAAGGACGAAGUCACAUAUUCAGGUGCCUUGAAUGGUGACAUCUACGUAUGGAAAGGGAUCAACCUGAUGAGGACGGUGCAAGGAGCUCAUGGGUCAGGGAUUUUCAGCAUGAAUGCCUGUGAAGAGGGCUUUGCUACUGGGGGCCGAGAUGGCUGCGUCCGGCUGUGGGAUCUCAACUUCAAACCAAUUACUGUCAUUGAUCUCAGGGAAACAGACCAAGGAUAUAAAGGGCUGUCUGUGCGCAGUGUGUGCUGGCGGGGAGAUCACAUCCUGGUGGGCACACAGGACAGUGAAAUCUUCGAAGUGGUGGUCCACGACCGCAACAAGCCCUUCCUCAUCAUGCAGGGUCACUGUGAGGGCGAGCUGUGGGCGCUGGCCCUGCACCCCACGAAGCCUCUGGCCAUGACAGGAAGUGACGACCGCUCAGUCAGGAUAUGGAGCCUUAUAGAUCAUGCACUGAUUGCUCGCUGUAACAUGGAGGAGCCUAUUCGCUGUGCAGCCGUGAGCACUGACGGUAUUCACCUGGCGCUGGGAAUGAAGGAUGGCUCAUUCACCGUUUUAAGAGUCAGAGAUAUGACAGAGGUGGUACACAUCAAGGACAGGAAGGAGGCCAUCCAUGAGCUGAAGUACUCCCCCGAUGGGGCUCACUUGGCUGUCGGCUCUAAUGAUAACUCAGUGGACAUCUACGGUGUUGUGCAGAGGUACAAGAAAGUGGGCGAGUGCAUCGGCUCCAGCAGCUUCAUCACACACAUGGACUGGUCCACGGACAGCAAGUACCUGCAGACCAAUGACGGCAGCGGCAGGAGGCUCUUCUACAGGAUGCCAAGUGGGAAGGAGGUGACCAACAGGGAGGAGCUGAAGCUGGUGCAGUGGGCUUCCUGGACGUGUGUGUUGGGCCCUGAAGUUAAUGGAAUAUGGCCCAAGUACUCAGAUAUCAAUGACAUCAACUCUGUGGAUGCCAACUAUAACAAUCAAGUCUUAGUAACAGCUGACGACUAUGGACUAGUCAAACUUUUACGAUAUCCAUGUGUAAAAAAAGGUGCAAAAUUUAAAAAGUACUUAGGUCACUCAGCUCAUAUAACCAACGCUAGAUGGUCACAUGACUACCAGUGGGUCAUAACGAUUGGCGGUGCAGAUCACUCGGUGUUCCAGUGGAAGUUUGUUCCUGAAAGAAAAUCUAAAGAGGCUCUCCAUAUAGCACCACAAGAGACCUUGGCAGACUCCAACAGUGAAGAGUCAGACUCUGAUCAGUCAGACGUACCUGAGAUGGACUCAGAAAUUGAGCAGGAGACACAGCUCACGUAUAGACGACAGGUUUAUAAAGAAGAUCUACCUCAGCUCAAAGAGCAAUGUAAAGAGAAACAUCGAGCAACGGCUAUGAAGAAGAGAGAACGAGCUCCUGGGAGUGGGGUGAAACUGCACUUCAUUCACGGUUACAGGGGCUAUGAUUGCAGGAGCAACCUGUUCUACACCCAGACCGGGGAGAUAGUCUACCACGUAGCAGCCGUAGGGGUUGUGUACAACAGACAACAGAAUACGCAGCGUUUCUACAUGGGCCAUGAUGAUGACAUCCUCUGUCUGGCUAUUCAUCCCCUGAAGGACUUUGUAGCAACAGGCCAGGUUGGCAGAGAUUCCUCAAUACACAUAUGGGACACGGAAACGUUAAAGCCCAUGUCUGUGUUGAAGGGUUUCCACCAGCUGGGAGUGUGUGCUCUGGAUUUUUCAGCGGAUGGCAAACGUCUGGCCUCGGUAGGUCUGGACGACAACCACACUAUUGUGCUGUGGGACUGGAGAAAGGGGGAGAAGCUCUCUGCCAUGCGGGGAAGCAAGGACAAGAUAUUUGUUGUCAAAAUAAAUCCCUACCUGCCUGACAAGCUCAUCACUGCUGGUGUGAAACAUAUGAAGUUUUGGCAUAAAGCUGGUGGUGGACUAAUUGGGCGCAAAGGGAACAUGGGGAAGACGGAGACUAUGAUGUGUGCUGUGUACGGCUGGUCAGAGGAGAUGGUGUUUUCAGGCACUUGUACGGGUGAUAUUUGCAUCUGGAGGGACAUGUUCCUGAUGAAGACUGUCAAGGCCCACGACGGCCCUGUUUUCAGUAUGCACGCUCUAGAAAAGGGAUUUGUGACUGGAGGAAAGGAUGGUAUAGUAGCUCUGUGGGAUGACACUUUUGAGAGAUGCCUCAAGACGUACGCCAUCAAGAGAGCAGUCCUAGCUCCAGGCUCCAAAGGGUUGCUCCUGGAGGACAAUCCUUCCAUACGUGCCAUAUCCCUGGGCCAUGGCCACAUCCUGGUUGGGACCAAGAACGGAGAGAUCUUGGAGGUGGACAAGAGUGGCCCCAUCACUCUGCUGGUUCAGGGUCACAUGGAGGGUGAAGUGUGGGGCCUGGCCACUCACCCCCAUCUCCCUCUCUGUGCCACUGUCAGCGAUGACAAAACCCUGCGCAUAUGGGACCUCUCUCCCAGCCACUGCAUGCUGGCUGUACGCAAACUCAGGAAAGGCGGCCGAUGCUGCUGCUUCUCCCCCGAUGGCAAAGCUUUAGCGGUGGGCCUGAACGAUGGCAGCUUCCUUAUUGUGAACGCAGACACCCUGGAGGACCUGGUGUCCUUCCACCACCGCAAGGACAUCAUCUCUGAUAUCAGAUUCUCUCCAGGAGCUGGGAAGUACCUCGCAGUGGCAUCAGGAGACAGUUUUGUGGAUAUUUACAAUGUGAUGAGCAGCAAACGCGUAGGAGUGUGCAAAGGAUGCCUCAACUAUAUUACCCAUCUGGACUGGGACAAGAGAGGAAAACUACUCCAAGUCAACACAGGUGCUAAAGAGCAGUUUUUCUUUGAAGCUCCUCGUGGCAAGAGGCAGACCAUCCCGGCUACAGAGGUGGAGAAGAUCGACUGGAGCACAUGGACAUGUGUCCUGGGGACGUCUGUUGAGGGCAUCUGGCCUGUGAUCAGUGAGGUCACCGAGGUGACCGCUGCCUGCCUUAGUAAUGACAGGAAGGUGCUAGCAACUGGAGAUGACCUCGGAUACGUCAAACUCUUCAGAUACCCUGUCAAGGGGAAAUAUGCAAAGUUCAAACGCUAUGUGGCUCACAGCACACAUGUUACCAAUGUGCGAUGGACCCACGACGACAGCCUCUUGGUGUCGGUCGGUGGGGGCGACACGUGCCUCAUGAUUUGGGCCCACGAGCCCGAGGGCCACCGGGAAUUCAAACAGUGUGACAGCGAGGAGUCAGAUAUUGAGAGCGAGGAUGAUGGAGGUUACGACAGCGAUGUGACGAGGGAGAAUGAGAUCAACUACACCAUCAAGGCCUUAUCCACUAACAUGCGACCAAUGACGGGUGUGAAACCUCACUUGCAGCUAAAAGAGCCAUCUGUGGACGAAAGACAAGGGGUGGUCAGAGGAUCAAGGCCUCCUGUCAGCAGAGCGCUGCCACAGCCAGAGAAGCUGCAGACCAACAAUGUUGGCAAAAAGAAGAGACCUAUUGAGGACCUUGUGUUGGAGCUGGUGUUUGGUUACCGUGGCAAUGACUGCCGCAAUAAUGUGCACUACCUGAACGAGGGGUCGGACAUCAUCUACCACACGGCCUCAGUCGGCAUCGUCCUCAACUUGACAACCUCCUGCCAAAGUUUCUAUGUAGAACACAGUGACGACAUUCUGUGCCUGACAAUCAAUCAACACCCCAAAUUCCCCAACGUGGUGGCAACUGGCCAAGUAGGUGAUACCGGUGACAUGUCAGCCACGUCUCCAUCCAUCCAUGUGUGGGACGCCAUGACCAAGCAGACGCUGUCGGUGCUUCGUUGUUUCCACUCCGGUGGGGUUUGCUCCGUCAGCUUCAGUGCCACAGGAAAACUCCUGCUGUCUGUGGGCCUGGACCCUGAACACACCGUCACCAUCUGGAAGUGGCAAGAAGGUGCCAAAGUGGCCAGCCGGAUCGGUCACACCCAGAGGAUCUUUGUGGCUGAGUUUCGGCCCGACUCGGACACACACUUCGUCUCUGUGGGCAUCAAACAUGUGCGUUUCUGGACGUUAGCUGGCCGAGCUUUGCUCAGCAAGAAAGGUGUGCUGAGCUCCAUAGAGGACGCCCGGAUGCAGACCAUGCUGUCUGUAGCAUUUGGAGCUAAUAACUUGACAUUUACAGGUACCAUAAGUGGGGAUGUGUGUGUAUGGAAGGAACACAUUCUAGUAAGAAUAGUGGCCAAAGCUCAUACGGGCCCCGUGUUCACUAUGUACACCACACUGAGGGACGGCCUCAUCGUCACCGGAGGCAAAGAAAGACCGUCAAAGGAAGGCGGUGCUCUGAAGCUCUGGGAUCAGGAGCUGAAACGCUGCAGAGCCUUUCGAUUAGAAACUGGACAGAUCAUAGACUGCGUUCGCUCUGUGUGCAGAGGAAAGGGGAAGAUCCUCGUGGGGACCAGGAACGCAGAGAUCAUCGAAGUGGGAGAGAAGAACGCAGCGUGCAACAUCCUGGUGAACGGACAUAUGGACGGACCUAUAUGGGGUUUAGGAACUCAUCCCUCCAGAGACGUAUUUCUAUCUGCUGCAGAGGACGGCACUGUUCGUCUGUGGGACAUCCCAGAGAAGAAGAUGCUGAACAAGGUGAACCUGGGCCACCCGGCGUGCACCAUCAGCUACAGUCCUGAGGGAGACAUGGUGGCGAUUGGCAUGAAGAACGGAGAGUUUAUCAUCCUGCUAGUAGCUUCGCUCAAAAUCUGGGGCAAAAAAAGGGACAGACGCUCUGCAAUUCAAGAUAUCAGGUUCAGUCCAAGUUCUCGUUACUUGGCUGUGGGCUCUACUGAGUGCGCUGUUGACUUCUACGACCUGACGCUCGGCCCACAGCUGAACCGCAUCAACUGCUGCAGGGACAUCCCCAGCUUCGUGAUGCAGAUGGACUUCUCUGCAGACAGCACUUACGUCCAGAUUUCCACAGGUGCUUAUAAACGGCUCGUGUACGAGGUGCCGUCUGGGAAGCAGGUCACGGAACAGACUCAUAUUGACAGGAUUACCUGGGCCACCUGGACAAGUGUCCUUGGGGACGAGGUCAUCGGUAUCUGGUCCCGUAACACUGAUAAAGCAGACGUCACUUGUGCCUGUGUGUCCCACUCGGGCCUUAACAUCGUCACAGGAGAUGAUUUUGGGAUGGUAAAGCUGUUCGACUUUCCCUGUCCAGAGAAGUUUGCCAAACACAAACGCUUUCUGGGCCAUUCUGCUCAUCUGACAAAUGUACGCUUCACAAAUGGAGAUCGUUUUGUUGUGAGCGCCGGCGGAGAUGACAGAAGCCUCUUUGUGUGGAGGUGUGUCCACGCCCCACACUGAGGAUCACACUAACACCAUCCUGCCUCAAAGAGUCUGGGCGUCUCCUGGCAUGACUCUCCAGAGAAAAACAAAAAAACAAAAGACACCCCUGAUGGAUGCGUUUAGACGACGAGGAGGACGACAGACCUGGCAGCUUGUAAAUGAGUGGUGAUUCGACUUACUGCCUCAAAACUAGGUGCAUGCAUGUGUGCAAGGCUCAUUUUGGUAUCACAGUCCUGAUUGUGAAAACAGGUGGAGGGCAAACGGCCCUGCUCUCAUGACAUCACAUAUUCAUUAACCCUCUUGUUGUCCUCAUUUACGGGCACCAAAAAACAUUGUUUUCUUGUCUGAAAAAAAUCCCAAAAUUCAGCAAAAAAAAUUCCCCAAAUUUCUGAAAAUUUGCAAAACCUUCAGGAAGAAAAUUCCAAUAAUUCCUUAAAAGUUUUAUUUUUAAAAAAUCCCCCGAAUUUGGCAAGAAAAUUCUUGUAAGUACAGUGGGUACGGAAAGUAUUCAGACCCCUUUAAAUUUUUCACUCUUUGUUUCAUUGCAGCCAUUUGCUAAAAUCAAAAAAGUUCAUUUUAUUUCUCAUUAAUGUACACUCAGCACCCUAUCUUGACAGAAAAAAACAGAAAUGUAGAAAUUUUUGCAAAUUUAUUAAAAAAGAAAAACUGAAAUAUCACACGGUCAUAAGUAUUCAGACCCUUUACUGUGACACUCAUAUUUAACUCACCUGCGGUCCAUUUCUUCUGAUCCUCCUUGAGAUGGUUCUACUUCUUCAUUGGAGUCCAGCUGUGUUUAAUUAAACUGAUUGGACUUGAUUAGGAAAGGCACACACCUGUCUAUAUAAGACCUUACAGCUCACAGUGCAUGUCAGAGCAAAUGACAAUCAUGAGGUGGAAGGAACUGCCCAAGGAGCUCAGAGACAGAAUUGUGGCAUGGCACAGAUCUGGCCAAGGUUACAAAAGAAUUUCUGCAGCACUCAAGGUUCCUAAGAGCACAGUGGCCUCCAUAAUCCUUAAAUGGAAGAAGUUUGGGACGACCAGAACUCUUCCUAGACCUGGCCGUCCAGCCAAAGUGAGCAAUCGUGGGAGAAGAGCCUUGGUAGGAGAGUGGUAAAGAAGAACCCAAAGAUCACCGUGGCUGAGCUCCAGAGAUGCAGCAGGGAGAUAGGAGAAAGUUCCACAAAGUCAACUAUCACUGCAGCCCUCCACCAGUCGGGCCUUUAUGGCAGAGUGGCCUGACAGAAGCCUGUCCUCAGUGCAAGACAUAUGAAAGCCCACAUAGAGUUUGCCAAAAAACACAUGAAGGACUCCCAGACUAUGAGAAAUAAGAUUCUCUGGUCUGAUGAGACCAAGAUUGAACUUUUUGGCGUUAAUUCUAAGCGGUAUGUGUGGAGAAAACCAGGCACUGCUCAUCACCUGCCCAAUACCAUCCUAACAGUGAAACAUGGUGGUGGCAGCAUCAUGCUAUGGGGGUGUUUUUCAGCUGCAGGGACAGGACGACUGGUUGCAAUUGAAGGAAAGAUGAAUGCGGUCAAGUACAGAGAUAUCCUGGAAGAAAACCUCUUCCAGAGUGCUCUGGACCUCAGACUGGGCCGAAGGUUCACCUUCCAACAAGACAAUGACCCUAAGCCACAGCUAAAAUAACAAAGGAGUGGCUUCGGAACAACUCUGUGAUCAUUCUUGACUGGCCCAGCCAGAGCCCUGACCUAAACCCAAUUGAGCAUCUCUGGAGAGAUCUGAAAAUGGCUGUCCACCAACGUUCACCAUCCAACCUGACAGAACUGGAGAGGAUCUGCAAGGAAGAAUGGCAGAGGAUCCCCAAAUCCAGGUGUGAAAAACUUGUUGCAUCAUUCCCAAGAAGACUCAUGGCUGUACUAGCUCAAAAGGGUGCUUCUACUCAAUACUGAGCAAAGGGUCUGAAUACUUAUGACCGUGUGAUAUUUCAGUUUUUCUUUUUUUAAUAAAUUUGCAAAAAUUUCUACAUUUCUGUUUUUUUCUGUCAAGAUAGGGUGCUGAGUGUACAUUAAUGAGAAAUAAAAUGAACUUUUUUGAUUUUAGCAAAUGGCUGCAAUGAAACAAAGAGUGAAAAAUUUAAAGGGGUCUGAAUACUUUCCGUACUCACUGUAUUUUCAAAAAAUGAGUAAACAUCUUGGGCUGCACAGUGGUGUAGUGGUUAGCACUUUCGCCUUGCAGCGAGAAGAUCCCUGGUUCGCGUCCCGGCUUUCCCGGGAUCUUUCUGCAUGGAGUUUGCAUGUUCUCCCUGUGCAUGCGUGGGUUCUCUCCGGGUACUCCGGCUUCCUCCCACAGUCCAAAAAUAUGCUGAGGUUAAUUGAUUAUUCUAAAUUGCCCGUAGGUGUGAAUGUGAGAGUGCUUGUUUGUCUAUAUAUGUAGCCCUGCGACAGACUGGCGACCUGUCUAGGGUGUCCCCUGCCUUCGCCUGAGUCAGCUGGGAUAGACUCCAGCCCCCCCGUGACCCUAAUGAGGAUUAAGUGGUGUAUAGAUAAUGGAUGGAUGGAUGGAGUAAACAUCUUCCAAAAAAAUCCUAAAAAUAUCUAAAGUGAUUACAUAUAUAUCAGUAAAACUUCUAUUUUGUUUAAGAACAUUCACAAAAAAAUCUACCAAAAUCCACUGAAAUUUGCUGGAUUUUGGUAGAUUUUUUUGUGAAUGUUAAGAAACAUUUUUAACAUUUCUUUUUUUCCACCAAAUAAUGUUCAAAGAUUUCCCAAAAAUGUUGAAAAUGUGGACAUCAGAAGUUUCACUGUGAAAAUAUUUUUUUUCCCCACAUUUUCAAACUGAAACUGGUCAAUUUUGACCCGCAGGACAACACGAGGGUUAAGAAGAAGAAAAAAAAACCAUCUGUGCAUAUCAUGUCUGAUGGAUUCUUUUUUUUAAAUGAGCUUAUCUGUGUACAUGUCCCAAAUGGCAGUUUUGCCAAGUCUUGGCAGGCCUCUGAAUUUUGUGUUACUGACAAUGCCAUUUUUUUUUUAAAAACAUGUAGCAAACAGAGCUGAUUAGCCUUAAUCUGAGUGUUUAUGAGGGUUUGGAUUCUUUUUGUAUUGUUUUGUUUUACUUGUUUUGGAUCAUGUAGUCAUUUGUUUGGUCUAUUUUUACUGGUAUUUCCAAAUCCUGUGGCCUUCCUCCUGAAUGUAACAUCCACUGUUAUGUUCUGGAUGUCAGCAUGCCAAAGCAUACUAUGCACUGUACACCUGACCUGGUCACUGUGUCGCCCUGGUGGUUCCAUUUCUGAUUUAUGUGGUCGUGUUGUUGACUGGUUGACCUCGAACCUCCCUCAGCAGUGUUCCCCUCAUGACAUAUUAACGUGUGCGUACGCGUUUGAGGAUCUGUUUGUGGUUAGUGGGUGUGCAUGGCUUAUCGAAAGACAAUCUGUCCGAACCAAAUUCCUCAGAAAAACAAAAAGAACAGCUGUAAAUUGAUGUUUCAGUGCACUGUUGCAAUUCUAUCGGUCACUUUUUAGUGUGCUGCUAUGAUAUAUUAUUGUUGCAUUUUCAUGGAUAUGAACGGUGUGACUUUUUUUCCAACAGUAAGUUAGUGUUUUGUGUAAUAAGACAUAUUGCUUAAAUGGAAUGUCGAUCAGAGAAUAUGAAAAGUGCAAAACAUUUUGCUCCUUGUAUUAAGACUAACUACUAAAAAAUGUUGCUGCAUAUUUUGAUUUACAUUUCACCAGUGUAAAUACCAUUUGUAGAUAUUCUUUUUGUAUAUUUUUGUGAGAUGUUUCUUAAAUUCCACUUUAAUAAUAAAAAAAAGGCAACGAUCAACUUUAA